GGCAACGGGUCGCAACACACACUGAUCUAGAGCGAGCGAAUAGAACACCCCCUAAUUUCGACCCACCGCCAACCGGGGAGGGGAAACGAUCGAAAACACCAGUCUUCCGCUCAACAACACGUCUAUCAUUUUUACGCAUGUAACCACGAUCUCUCCAGUGACGAUACCGUUGGAUGUGGGUUUGGAGGCUACUCGGAUACAAUCUGCUAGUUUAUUUUCACUGCAGUAAAACGGUUUGCUCCGAUCCUCUCCCCGAGUCACGGAUUUGAGAGGGAAGCAGCACUAUGCUGCUGGCCGACUGACCAGCCACUGAUACGGCGAGGGGAUCUCUGCAGUGGACCUGUGAAUGUGCGUAGUUUACCCGCAUGCAAUGUUUAGCCUAUUAGCAUUACGCGCUAUAUUUCACAGAAAACGGAAAUCUUCUAUUUUUGUGAACAUGUUCAUUUGAUUAUUAGAUCGGCUAUAAUUAUUUUUUGGGGGGAGGGGGGGCUGUUCUCAGCGCACUGUUGUGUUGACGCCAUUUUCCUCGGGUUUUUCUAUAAAAAAUAUUAUUGCACCAUUUGACAGCUAUCCAGGACGCUGUCAGUGCAUACGGCAGGUUCUGUACAUGUGACUACAUGGAUUUUAAAUGAUCUUGAUAACAUAUUUACACGACAGACUCGUGUGUUCGAAAACAUUGGACAUGGUUUGGCCUUGUUGGAUUACAUGUGUUCCUGUGGGAGAACCAAUCCUGAAGCAGUAGCUAACGUUCCUAAGGCAACCCACUCUGACGGACAGCCACUCUCUGCAAACCUAUUGGCUAGCUGCCGCCGCUCUCUGGAUCCUCACUGGUUCUGGCGGGAGUGUGGAUGGAGUCGAGGGAUCUGGUUAGCUCAGCCCGACCUAAGGAGGCGGAAUUAGGAGGUGGAAGGGCUGAGCCUGAAGAAAAAGAACCGGAAAGGGCGGGUCUGGGUCCUGCGUUGCGGGGUGAUGAGGUCAUUGGGGAUAUGAUGGGUGAGCGCUGGGGGUCCCAUGGAGAAGGGGAGGGGCUAGAGGAGCAGGAGUUCUCCAUUAAAGAAGCCAGCUUUCAGGAGGGGAGUCUGAAGCUGAAGAUCCAAACCACCAAACGCACCAAGAAGCCCCCCAAGAGUCUGGAGAACUACAUCUGUCCCCCGGAGAUCCGGAUGACCAUCAGGCCCCCCUCAGGGGAGGGCCGAGGGGGCCGGCUAGGGGGCCGUGCAGCGCAGGACAAGGGACCCCCUAGGAAGAGGGAUAUCAAACGUUUAUGCAUACAACUGUGUAUAACAUUGAUCUACAAAUCAGAUAAUAACUGUGCACCGUGCGGGAGACACAGCUGCUCGCGCCAACGAGAGUUCCCCAGAAACUUGGUUGUCUGGACUGACCGCUGCAAAAAGAAUGUUGGUGACCAGAUGGAAUCCACCACAUAAGCUCACCAUAACUCAAUGUCUACAACAUUUCCUUGAUAUCCUUUCACUAGAGCUCUCCAACGCUCGUGUCAACAGUGCCAAGGAAACAACAUUAGAUGCAUUUAAUAGAGUAGUCAAAAAGUUCAAAAGCUUAUUAUGAGAUAUUAUAAUGCAAUUAUGUUUGAAUUCAUUAAUUGUAUUUUGAAUAUCUGUAUUGAAUAUUGAUGUAUGCAGGCUGAUUCUAUCUGUGUGUGCCUUGUUCCCACAAACAAUUAUACAAACACAAGAUGAGUUAUCCAUGAUGUUUUGUUUUGUGCAUAGAUAUAUCCACAACAUGAGCCAAAGGAGGGAGGGGGAAUAGGAAUGGGUUGCACCUACUAAGAAGGGGGAGGUAGAGGGGAGAUGAGAUGGGAAAAAUAAUGCUUAUUACAUUUUUUUUUCAUUUCUUUGCAUAUGUACAUUUUGAACAUUAUUGUCUGUCUGAUCUGAACCUUCACAAAAAAAAUACAAUAAUAAACAAAAGGUUUACUAAUAUAG